AGAACGGCUGCGUUUAUUAUCCACCGGUCGAAAAACGUGUGAGCAUGGCUCGAUCCUCCAACGGCAGCUUGUUAAGCAUUGUUGCAGUGGUCUGGGGCUUCGCUGCAGCUUUCGGUUUCGUCGGUCAUGCAGGACCGCUGCGUCGCUGGGAUGCGAGGACUUCCAGACCCGCCAGCGGUGAAGGGUCUCUGGAUGCUGCAAGGGCUGGAGGUAAACAAGAGCUGGUUUUCCUGGAUGAGAAGGAUUACAUCCGGCUCUUCCGUAGUGAGCUCGAAGAACAUGCCAAGAGAGCCCUGUUCCGCCGGAAAAAGCGCUUCUUGCCCUUUGAUGACUCUGUGAAGUGGGUCCGCGCAAUGGGCCUUUGGGACAGUAAGAAGGAGUGGGAAGAGUGGAUUGCAAUGGGUGAGAAGCGAAAUCCGUACAUUCCAACUCGCCCAGAUGAGUACUACGGAAAGUUGGGCCAGUGGAAAGGCUGGUCCCAUUUUCUGGGAGUGCCACCUGGUUCUUCCAAUGAGGCUAGAGGCGCAACAGCCGCUGCCGAUGAGAACGAGAAGAUGUGAGCCGACCUCAAAGCCAUGUGAACAAAUGGGGGCUCUCUGGCAAGCAGAUAUGGCUGGCCAGGAAAUCACCCGCUAUGACCCCUCUGGGCCAAG